AUGGUGACUUCCUGUAUCACUCGCACAGAGAGGGACAAAGGGACACUGUACGAGCUGACCUUCAGAGGGGAGUCGAGUAAUGAAUUCAAACGUCUGGUCCUCUUCCGGCCCUUCGGACCGCUGAUGAAGGUGAAAAAUGAGAAGGUGGACACAUCCAGUGUUCCGAUCAACAUCAUCGUCCCGCUGUCCAGACGCACAGACAAGUUCAAACAGUUCAUGCACAACUUCAGGGAAGUCUGUGUGCGUCAGGACGGCCAAGUCCAUCUGACAGUGGUGUAUUUUGGGAAAGAGCAGAUGAGCGAAGUCCGCAGCACUCUGGAGAACACAUCCAGGGAGGUCAACUUUAAGAACUACACUCUGCUGCAGCUGGACGAGGAGUUUUCUCGGGGACGCGGUCUAGACGUCGGGGCGCGAGCUUGGAAGGGCGGCAACGUGCUGCUGUUCUUCUGUGACGUGGACAUUUACUUCAACGCCGACUUCCUCAACACCUGCCGACUCAACACGCAACCCGGGAAAAAGGUGUUCUACCCGGUGUUAUUCAGUCAAUACAACCCCACUCUGAUCUACGGAAGUCCCGAGCACGUCCCACCUGUGGAGCAACAGCUGGUGAUCAAGAAAGACACAGGCUUCUGGAGGGAUUUUGGUUUCGGAAUGACAUGCCAAUACAGGUCUGACUUCAUCAACAUAGGAGGUUUUGACAUCGACAUCAAAGGUUGGGGUGGAGAAGACGUCCACCUCUACAGAAAGUACCUCCACAGCAACCUCCUGGUGGUCCGAGCGCCGUCGCGAGGUUUGUUCCACUUGUGGCACGAGAAGCACUGCGCCGAUGAGCUCCCUCCCGACCAGUACCGCAUGUGCAUGCAGUCCAAGGCCAUGAACGAGGCCUCGCACGGUCAGCUGGGGAUGCUCUUCUUCAGGCACGAGAUCGAAGCUCACCUCCGCAAGCAGAAGCAACAGCAAAACUCCAACCCCAAGAAGACAUGAGGCCGCAGAGCUGCGACUGCAAUCAGUUAAAACAGAGCAGGCUGAUCACAACUUCAUUUCACUUCAUUAUUUGCUUUCUAGCCGAGAUUUAGAUGCAAAGAUGCUAAAAAUGUGAAGUGACAUGAUGAGGAUGGUUAGCUUAGCUUAGCACAAAGUCUGGAAACAAGAAGAAACAGGUUCUAGUUCUGUCAAAAUGUUAAAAAAAAUAAAGUAAAAUCUGCCUACUCGUUAAUUAAUCCAAAGUGUGAAAUGACAACUUGUGAUGUUAUUUGUGAUUAUAUGUCUGACUGUUCUUGCUGAGAGCUGAAAUACUGAACAAAACAAUGACCAAGAUAUUUUUUAACCUUUAGACAGAACCAGCUAAGUGGCUUCUCCCUGUCUUCAGUCUCUAUGCUAAGCUAAGCUAACUGUCCCCAGAUGUAGGCUCAGAUACGAGAGGCGUCACUCUUAUCUAACGCUCAGCUAGAAAUCAGAUGGGUAGUUCCCCAAACUAUUCCUUAAAUGAAAAAUGUGAAGACUUUUUUGUUACUUUAUAAGAACUCAACAUCAAGAAACAAUCAAUUCAACCAGACUGAACUGCUCGAGGCACGGAUCUGCACAACUAAAGUGGAGGUUUGUUGGAUAUGACUCCACAGAUCUCUUGGAUCAUCCGUCUGUAAUUUAAAAUCCUUUUAAAGCAUUUUAGAACAAAGCAUGGAGCCUCAUUCUGAACUGUAACCUUGUGCCUUCUGUGAAUAAAACCUGGACACUG